AUGCCUGCUCUGGAACUCGAAGCCUCCUGUGAUCUGCCGUGUGAGGAGUCGUCUGUGGCUGAGACUGGAUCAGCACAUUCAGCACAGAUGCUGCAACCCAUCACAGCGACUUCUUCAGCCUCUGUUCAGGCCGACGCAGCAGUAACUCAGGAGGACACCGUUCAUGUCUCGCCACCACUUCUGCGUUUUCUUUCAUCGUCACCCAUUUGGGGCUUGCGCCGGGGGGAUUGGGGAUACGCAUUCUUCUACAUCAGGAUUGAUCUGAAGGGAUCUUUCCACACGUAUCCUCCAGUGGGUGGGCCAUUUCAGAGCUUAGAGCAGGCUUGCAGCGCUAUCGACCGCCAUCUUGAAGAACAACGACAUCCAACAAUGUUCAUGGAUCAACCUGGGAUGUCUCAAGUGGAUAAAGUCAUACGCCAAUGUCUCUACUGGCCUGAUGGCACAAGGAAGAAGUUGAUUGACGAAAGGCGUGACUGGAUGCGCCAGUUAGUUCAAGCUUUGCUGGACAAGCAUAACGAUUAUAACCAUCUUCUUGGGGAUCCCACAUACAAACUCAAAGAUGUAGUGUGUUUCGAGUCUGUUCAUGCGCCCAAUGACCAUACUAGGCUGUACCAUCAUAUUAAUUUCACUGCAAAGACUAAAGGAGCCGAUGAUGAUUCUAAUUGUGGCAUCGAGGAUUUAUUCUUCGCUGAACUCAUGUGGGAGCGAGGUGAACGUAUAGAAUUGGUGGUCAGCUGUUUCUGCGUGCUUAAACCAACAGACAACGGUCGCUGCGAUGCUUGUGAUGCGAAGCACCCCAAUGAUGCUGCAUACACUCAUCAAAUAAGCCCAUUGGGUGAAUAUGCUAAGCUUGGUAACAUUGUGUAUGUGGGCUAUGACGAAGACUUGAAGGAGGAGGAAGAAAGGGUAAGACGUCACUACGAGGGCCGUGAUGAUCCAGAGGGAAUGAAUCGAAAAUUGACAACCAUUCAGACCUAA